AUGAAUAAGACUGUGGUUUACGCGGCCCUCAUAACGCUGAUCCAGGCGUCGGUUCAGAUUGUAAUGGUUUCGUUGGCGAUAGCUCAGUAUUUCUGCCUUAUUGACUUUCUGCGGGAGCUGCCGAUAUUAUUGUUCAUUAAAAUUUUAUACUUUCACAAUCCUAACUCUUGUGGAACAUUAGUGAACAUCGGACAAGCGCUAGACGAAGUCAGCGACCAAGCUGUGGUGCUGAUAACACAGGAAUCUCUAACUGUCACUAGGACUCUGUAUGUAAAUGCUUGCAGCCUGGGGCUCGCAAUCAUCUGGUGCUUGGGCAGUGGCAUUAUGAUGAGGAGCGGUCGAAUCAACGAUAGAGUUACAGUGUGGCCCUGGGUGAUGACCACUGUAGCAAUGUGUACUUUAGACUUAAUUGCGACUGUUAUUUUUAUUAAUGACACAUUUUAUACAAGAACCCUAUCUGACAUGAUGAAUUACAUAGGAGCGACGGCGAGUGGAGUUAGGAAUGUAGUGAUAGACACGCGGAUCGCUUCGUGGUCGAUGGUUCUUUUAUACUCGAGAUUUAUAUUGAUUUUCCUGAUGAACGUGGUGCUGGUCAUCAUUGUGGUGCUAAAUAGAAUUGCGAAACCCGUUAAGGGCCUGGAGCCCGAGGCAGGAAUCGUUCCAAGCAGUCCUACACCGCGAAGUGGGAGCACGGAGUGGUUCGAUAUAGACCUAAACCCCACCCCCACACUUCCGAACAACCAAAAAAUACCGCGAGCGUGGUACAAUAGGAAGAGGUUUAUGGAUUUUCAGUCACGUUUGUUUAUGGAGAGUGAGCCGAAGAAAAAUGCAUAUUAUACGAAUGGUGUGUACACCAUGCCAUCGGACGUUCGUGUGGAGCAGCAAAUGCCUGAUGAACGCAAUGUCACUCGCAAUAAUGAUCAGUCCCAAGUGUCUAAGAACACUGAUCAAGCAGAUGCUGAACCACAACAGAGUACCAGUCGGCAAGUGGCAAACGUGGAGUUGCCAGCACAGUUACCCUGGACGUAUAUCCCAGUGACGGUCCAGUCGAGUCAGAGUGACGCUGAUGAAGUGCCUCCUCUACCAUUAAAAGAGAAUUCACUAAUAAAGAAGAGGAAAGCAGCUAUCCUGAGCUCACUGUCGAGUCUCACAUCAUUAACGCAGAAGAAGAAUCCAAAAGAUCCAGAACCGACGCCUUCCUUUAAACGUUAG